CCAUGAAGAUCCUGUACCUGCUCUUCCCCUUCUUCCUCCUCUUGAUCCAGGGGGCUGCAGGAAACUCGAUCCAAUGCAGACGAAGAGGGGGAUACUGCAAGUUUGGGGGCUGCCGCUACCCUUCAAGACGUAUUGGAAGAUGUUCAGUAUUUACCCACUGCUGCCCAAGAAGGAAGGGAAAAGCCCUCAUGGGUUUGGACCUGCCUGCUGUGGGGCUGAAGGAGCCCAAGCGUCUGGGCUUGAGAGCCCGAACUCUGUGAGCAGGAUGUCCCCCUCGCUUCUGGCUGCUGGAACCAUCUCCUGAUGUCCUCUCGCCUCCCUGCCUCUGCCGUCCCCAGGCGGUGUGACAGCAGGAGUGG